AUGCGAUCUCUCCCGCCUAUCGCGCCCACGCUCGCACCAAGGAACGGCACCAAAGAUGCUACUGUGGAUGGACGCGUCUGGGCAGUCGGCUUUGAACCGGCCUGCACAAGCGCUGCUGUUGUGGGCGACGUCUGCUCGUUUGCAUUCUCCUUCUGUCCGUUUUACUCUUUCACGUUGACCGAUCGUUCUCGCUUCUGCAGAGGCCCCCCCGGCAGCUGA